GUGUGCUGAAGCGACACGGACCAAGGGAAUUAUUAAGGGUAUUCACAUAAAAGUGUUACUGGACAGCACAGCAAAGCAAAGCAAAGCGCACACGCGUUAUACGCUAGGUGGUGAAAUGCGGGCAGGCUCCAGUAUUAGGAGAAAUGUGGUAGUGAUGUAUACGGUAUGAACGAUGUGGCCUGCAGAAUACUAGCACUGUCUCUGCUGCUGUUAUUGAGGUGCUGUCACUGAACUGAAACUGCUGAGGAUUUGCUCCCUGGGAUACCCAUUUCCAAGACUUCGUUUGGAGGGAUCUACUGCCCACAGGCAGACACACAGAGACCCCCUGGAGAAAAAGAACUGACAACAAAAAGGGGGAGCCUUUUUUUCCCCUGCAACAAGAGGAUGAGUGGGGGGCUGAUCAGGGAGCAGCAGUGGCUCAAGUGAGCAAGACAUGGUGGCUGUGAGUGGGAUCUAGUCUUCAUGGCUGGAAGGAAUUUUUCAUACAGGACAGAGACCUGAAGAAAGACCUGCCCCUCACACAUGGUUGAUGGCCUGCGUGGAGAGUACUGAGAUUGGAGUGUGUGGACUCCCUCUGUAGGGACCUGAGCACAGGGUGGAUUGUAUCUCGGGUGCUACUCCCCCUUCUGCGUGGUUACAGCACUCAAAAGGAGUGAAUGAGAUGAGCUAUCUGGGUUAUAGUAUCUGAAGGGCUAAGUUAUUCUCUUGGAGAGCCAUUCUAAAUGAGCCUGACUGAGAUACUGGAUCUGUGUGAAGAAGACUAAGGAUAUAAUAGGAUGUCAACUGAGACAGAACUUCCAGUGGCUGUUAAAACCAGCGCAAAGAAAGACUCCAAAAAGAAAGGUCAGGAUCGCAGUGAAGCCACUUUAAUAAAGAGGUUUAAAGGUGAUGGUGUCCGAUACAAAGCAAAACUGAUUGGGAUAGAUGAGGUUUCUGCAGCGCGAGGAGACAAGUUAUGCCAAGAUUCCAUGAUGAAACUCAAGGGAAUUGUUGCUGCGGCUCGUUCGAAAGGAGAACAUAAACAGAAAAUAUUUUUAACUGUCUCCUUUGGAGGAAUCAAAAUCUUUGAUGAAAAGACAGGACUACUACAGCACCAUCAUGCAGUUCAUGAAAUUUCGUACAUUGCAAAGGAUAUCACAGACCACCGAGCCUUUGGAUAUGUGUGUGGAAAGGAAGGAAAUCAUAGAUUUGUGGCAAUAAAAACCGCCCAGGCAGCUGAGCCUGUAAUUCUGGACUUGCGAGACCUGUUUCAGCUCAUUUAUGAGUUGAAACAAAGGGAAGAAAUGGAAAAAAAGGCACAAAAGGACAAGCAGUGUGAACAAGCAGUAUACCAGACAAUUUUGGAAGAAGAUGUAGAAGAUCCUGUGUACCAGUACAUUGUGUUUGAGGCUGGACAUGAGCCAAUCCGUGAGCCUGAAACAGAAGAAAACAUAUAUCAGGUUCCGACGAGCCAAAAGAAGGAAGGUGUUUAUGACGUGCCAAAAAGUCAACCUGUAAGUCUGCAGAAUGGAAACUUAUUGCUGGACAUUGAUGAAAAUCUUGUUACAGUCACUCAGGCUGUUACCCAACUAGAGCUUUUUGGGGACAUGUCCACUCCUCCUGAUGUAACCUCUCCCCCAACUCCUGCAACUCCAGGUGAUGCCUUUAUCCCAUCUUCAUGCCAGUCACUUCCUGCUAGUACAGACACGUUUGGUUCUGUACCUUUCAGCACUGCUGCUGUACCCUCAGGUUAUGUUGCAAUGGGAGCUGUCCUGCCCUCCUUCUGGGGACAGCAACCCCUCGUUCAACAACAAUUGGCCAUGAGUGCUCAGCCUCCAGUUGCUCAGGUGAUGCAGGGAGGACAGCCAAUAGCAUGGGGCCAACCUGGUAUUUUUUCUCCUACCCAGCAACCAUGGCCAUCUGUAGCUGGUCAGUUCCAACCAACUGCCUUCAUGCCAACACAAACUGUUAUGCCUUUACAAGCAGCCAUGUUUCAAGGUACCAUUGCUCCCAUAGCUACUGUUCCACCCACAAGCGAUUCCACCAGAUCAAGUCCACAGACAGACAGGCCCAGACAGAAAAUGGGAAAAGAAAUGUUCAAAGAUUUCCAGAUGGCUCAGCCUCCGCCAGUGCCAUCACGAAAACCAGACCAGCCUUCCCUCAGUUGUACCUCAGAGGCCUUCUCCAGCUAUUUUAACAAAGUCGGGAUGGCACAGGAUGCAGAUGAUUGUGAUGACUUUGACAUCUCUCAAUUAAAUUUGACUCCUGUGACUUCUACAACGCCAUCUACAAAUUCACCUCCAACCCCUGCUCCUAGACAGAGUUCUCCAUCAAAAUCAUCCGUGUCUCAUACCAGUGAUCCUACUGCAGAUGACCUCUUCGAAGAGGGGUUUGAAAGCCCAAGCAAAAGUGAAGAGCAGGAGGCUCCUGAUGGAUCUCAGGCCUCUUCCAACAGUGAUCCAUUUGGUGAGCCUACUGGUGAUACUAUAAGUCCACAGGUCGGUAGCUAGAUAGCGCAGGUUGGGGAAACAGAACCUCUCUACGCCCAGAUCAACAGACCUAAGAAAUAGCAUUAUUACAGGCUUGUGGUGCUUCAAGACUCAAGUGAAAAUCUACAACCUGUCAGGCCUUUUGGCUCUUAUGCUUGAUUUCGAUUGAUCUUGUCCGACAAAGGAUAGAGGAUUGCCCUACCAAACGUACCUGACAGUUUUUGGCAACGAAUGGCAAAUUUCUAUGGCAGCACAAACAUAAAAACGAGCCCCGCUUACCAUGCCAAGCGUCUGAGUUCUUAGCACCCACAGUACGAAAUCUUACUCCUUGUUCUUCAUUUAAACUUUUGUCCUCUUCGUUACCUCCCACCUGGACAACGGGCAUUUGAAAUUGAAUAAGUAUUAGCCAUUGUUUUUCUUUUAAGCAAAAAAAUCAGAAUCCAUAUGUAGCAGUGGCAUCAUCAUUCAACAGCCUUUCAGGCACAAGUCUGCACUUUUUAUGUCAUAGUGACAUGUUUCUCAUUGUCAUUUAUAUCAGGCUACUCUUGACAUUAUAUUCCCCCCCCUCACCCCACCUCACCUCCGUCUUGGCAUAUUUAAAAAAAAAAGACAGGCUGUGUUAUUUUUUUGUAUUUCCUAUUCUGUUGUUUUGUAUGGGUAACAGAAUUUAACAGCAAAAUGCCUCCUAUGGAAAUGAUUCUUAACUUGAAACCGCAGAAUCAAACUGUGUUGAUUAUCCAUCCUGGUUGAAAAACAUUGCCAAAUGGACCUUUAAGUUAUAGCGCAUCGUGAGGAAGAAUUGCUGCUUUCUGUUUGAGUACUCAUUCUGUGGGUGGAAAAAGGACAUCAAAUCCCAUUGAUGAAAGAGGUGAAAAAUAUGUUAUUUCCUAGGAAACACAUAAAACAAAGUACAGUAAAGGAAUAUUUUUUAUUUCUUCGCUAUCUUGCUGCUGUAAUGCUAUGCAGACAAGUGUUUUCUUCUCUGUGUGCCAUUUUUGAAGAAAAAAAUCAUUUGCCAAAUAAUUCUGGUAUAAUUCUGGUUUAUGGAUUUUAGACGAAACAGACUUUAAUAAAUGGGACAAUGACGGCAUGAAUUUUGGAACAACAAACUGAUUCUGUGAUCAAAUUGUUCAUCUUUAUCACUUUUUGUACAUCGGAAAAUUCAAAUGGGAUUUUUAUUUUAUAACUUGAAAAAAAUCUCACCAUUAAACUCUUUAAAUGUUUAAGGGGAAAUGGCUUUAAGGAGUUCAAAUGAAAGUUGCCAGUUUUUUGUAAAUAUAAAUGUUAUGAAAAUUCUUUUAAUAAUGCCAUUACACUGUAGAGAAGGUAGCAAAUUGCAGUGCUUGGGAGGCGUGGCAAACCCAAUUUGUGGUUUUUGCAUCCCAUAUGUUUUUUCACAUGCUUAUUACAAUAGGCAGAGAGGCUGAAGUGCCUCCGCCAACAGCAAUUUGCUUGUCAGCAACUCGUAAAAUUGCUGGGAACGCAAGAUUUUAUGAUCUAGAUUUUUCCACACAAGUAUACAUUCUCCACAUUAAAAAAAAAAACCCACAUUUCAUAGACAUUUCUUUGAUUCUGAAAUCUGUAAAUGGAAGUCAUCAAACUGUUUACACACAGAGCAGAAGAAUUAAAAAGCUCCUUUUUUUACAUUUAUGAAGCAAACGUGCCGUGUUUGGGUUCAUAUGUUAGCACAUGAUUUUCAUAAAGAAUCUAUAUAUUUUUGCCCUACAGAGAAUUGUUAUACAGGUCAAAUGUGUUUUCCUGGUGUUCCUAUGCAGUUACAGUCUAUUGAAUUUAGUGGUUUAACACUAAAAAAAAAAAAUAUUAAAGAAAUCAACUGAUUAAUCUGUUUUUAGGGUUAUUGCGCAGAUUUUGUUUUUAACUUGAAACAUUAGGAUUUAUAUUUCUGUCAUUGAUUUAAAUAGGCCUGGAGUUGUAAAUCUUUUACUUUCUUUCAUCUCCAUAUAAGCUAAAAAGGGUUUAGAAGACGGCAUAUUUACUGUAAACAAAGAAAGCUGAAAGAUGAACUGGUGAUUGUUGAUAUGUACACCCAAAUCUCAUGAUUCCAGUCUGAUCUUUUGAAUUAGCUAAACUAGAGAAUUGUGAGUUACCGAAGAUAUAUGAAUGACAUAUUACAUAUGGGUAGACCUAAUGACCAUGCAGAGAAGAGAUCUUAUCCUCCGGUCCGUCAUUGUUUGGUGCAUAUUCCAUAGGCAUGUAGAGACUCUUGUAGCAAAGUCAAAUUUUCACAUCAGAAGAAAGAUGCAAACAGUUUUCUAACUGUAGGAGUUAAAUCAAAACCAGAUGGAUUGUGUGGUUUGGGGAUUAAAAUAAGGAAAAAAAUAUUUCCACGGGGCAUUUCUUUUUUAAGGAUAUUUUCAUAAUUUUAAUCUCAAUAAGUGGUGCUACUUUCUUCCUCGAUACGACGGUUUUUAGGUUUUGUCUUGCGGUAUUGAACCAUGAAGACAAUAAUUUUGUUUCCUCAUAAACAUUCAAAGCGUUGCAUAGUCAAGACAUUUUCAGUUAUGCAGUAAAAUGUUUAAAGAGAAGGAAAAGCAGAGUCAAGACUCAGUGAAUCCACUGACAUUACAUAUAUAGGGCUCAGAUUGGAAAAGUAGUACAAACUAAAUGAGGUUGGGAUUUUAAGAUUAGUUUUAUGAGAUACCAUAGUCCACAUUGUCAUUAGGCAUUUUUUUAUUUUUAACCAAUAUUUUUUUAGAAUACAUUGAUAGCUACCAUAUCAUUAUCACUAGACUGCCCUUCCUUGUGAUAGUUGAGAUGCAGAGGAAUGUGGGGAGUCUGCACUGUACCAGUAUUGUAGAUAUAUAACAGAUCCAGCUUGUGCAAUUGUUUAAACCCUCAUCCUUCACUAGCACUAAAUUUGUCACUUUAAAUUUUAAAACCAGGGAAUCCCACCCAACAUCCUGUUACCAUCCCCAGAAGUUUCUUGAUCUUUACAUGUCAUGAAAAAUAUUUUGAUAGACAGUAGUCAUCCAAGUGUCUGAUGAAACCUAUCAUCUAAUAAUGUACUGGGCACCUUCUUUGCAAAAAUGUUUACUCUGUGGUUUUCAUUCAUUUUUAUUUCUGCAUUCUGACACAUAUUUUUUUAAUAAAGAUGAGAAAGAUAAAAUGACUGUUGCAGUAUGUUUCUAGACCUACUUUAACUUUACCUCAGAUGAUGACCAUUUGUUAACAUAUAUGGACACAUUAUUUUUAACUUUGUGUAAUG